AUGUUCAAGUAUAACACCCUGACGCCCGAAAAGGACGAGGAAACCCAUGAUGCCACAAGCAAUUCUUUGAGCACAGAGGAAGAGAGCAUUAUUCCUCUGCUGGACGAGAACGCCGAGAAUCAGCGGGCGCAUGAUGGGAUACCAACUACUCGUGUCUCAAGCUAUUCUUUUGUAGUUCUACUUGUCGGUGUCGUGUCCUUCAUCUUCUCGGUGCUGUUCUACGCCGUUCGACACUCCUACGCAGCAACAGACUCUUCAUGUCAACGACGAAUGUGGGCUUACAGCCCGGAAUCGGACUUUUUGCAGUACGAAUCGCGACAGUAUGAUUCAGAUUUAAUCUCUCACGAUUUCGUGGGCGUACCUACCCAGAGCCGUCGGGACGCGUGGGAUACACUGUGGAAAAGUAAGUUUGGUUCCAGCCUUCAGCCUAGCAACUUUCCGUACGACAAAUUGCCCGCCAUAAACAAAUCAACAGAGGAACGCGAGUGGUGGAGUCUGCCUCCACCGCGUGAGCAAGAAGUGAUCGCAAUGUCUGAAGCAAUGCAUCAGGUCCACUGCGUUGGCGUACUUUGGUUCUUUGUGCAUCGGAAUGAAUGGGAUUACCGCACAGCCAUCAAUAAGACGGAAGAAUUCAUGCAGAUUCAUUCUCGCCACUGUAGUGUCAUGCUGAUGAACUUGAUCAAGUGUAUGGCCGAUGUCACCCCAGUACUCUUUCAAAAGGACACCGGGAAUGUCAUUUCGGGAACCGGGUUGGGGGCUUGGAAACCGCGAGAUGCGCCCCGUCGAUGUAAGAGAUUUGACAAGAUCUGGGAUUGGGAGCGCAAAAACAGCAUUUGCCCUAUGGGGUGUGUACCCGAAGAUAUAGCACGUCUCUAUCCUGGGACUGCCUAAACCUGUGAAGAAAGGCCUUUGUCAACGUCAUGCUUCGUGAUGGACAUGUUUCCGUCUAAGAGUAGUCCGUCCGGCGUUAGCAAAAAAAAAAAAAAAGGCCACUUGCGAUCAGUUCCACCAACAUCCAGCCCCUUCCUCCAUCCUCCAGAUCCUCGCAACUUUUCCUGUUGCUUGAUGCUUCUCCUUUCUCUGUGGCUAUUAUCCUCAAGCAACACUGCUACUGACAGUCACCCUCCUGUUCCCCGCCUCUUCCACUGAUCUAAUAUUGAGAGUAGCGCACCCUUCCUUUCCCCGGAGGAAGCGCAUCUAUCUUCACCAUGAGAAGCCGGUUAUACACACGAUAAGAAUUAACCCAAACCAGAGCCACGCUGGUAGCAGGCAACCUUUGCUCGCCACCUUUAG